GAGACGGGAUGUCUCUUUCUUUUUAUCCUGUAUUUUAAUGGACCAUGUCGGGGACUUCGUGCUUAGCUUCACUUUUCUACUCUGGACGUUGUCUGUGGUGGUCUGCAUGGCCGGUGAAGUGAUCGGGUCAUUUCAGCCAAUCGUGGCCCCUCUGGGUGGUGAUGUCAUCCUGCCGUGUCACGUGGAGCCUCAGCUCGACGUGGAGGAGCUGACUGUGGAGUGGUGGAGAUCCGACAUCCCACCGGACCCUAGAGAUCCACUGAGCAACUACAGGUAUGUCCACCGUUACCAUGACAAACACCACGAGGAGGACAUGAAGAAGCCGACGUACGCUGGGAGGACGGAGCUGUUCACAGACGGCCUGAAACACGGAAACAUUUCUCUAAAGAUCAGCAACGUGAAGCUCUCUGACCAAGGAAGAUACAGAUGCCAAAUCCACCAGUUGGGGAGGGCUUCAGUUAUUAUGCUUCUUGUUGAACCACGCUCUGUUGAAACGACAGAGACGCCGCUGCCUCCCCAUAAUCUCCAAAGUCCAGGUCCAAACAAUGAGACGGAUGUUAAAGGUGGUCGACUCUAUCUGAGCGCACAGAUCCCGGGUCUGGCUGCCUGCGUCUUACUGAUCCUGGCUGUGUUACUUCAACGAAGGUAUCGAAACACAACCACAACCAGCAGGCCACACCAAUCAGAGUCCGGGGAAAAUCUACUGGCUGUUAAGACCCAGGUGUGUGACGGCUGCGACUGUUCGUUCAAAACAACAAAGGCGGACGGUAAUAGACUGAUGGUUCAUCCAAUCACCUGCCAGGUGCCCUGCCCUUGUCCAAACUGUUACAAUGACGGCUUCUCAGACAGUUCGGUGUAUUAAACCAUCUGGCUUGUCAGUUGAGAUUCGGUGUGCUCCAAAGCCUGGUCAGCACGGUGCAGGUUUGAAAGCUGGAGGAGUGUGAGGGCCUGUUGGCACAAACGUGGCUGUGUCCAGCAGUAGAGAGACAUUUUAUAACUUUGAUUGUUAAGUUGAUUUUCUUACUGACGUCUUUUUGAACACUGUCCUCUGACUUUCCAGUCACUCCAGUUAUGAGAGUUGACAAAAUGGCGGCGCUGGGGAGGAUGAUGCGGCUGAGCCAGUGUUGUAGUGAAUGUUCAACAGUGCUGCGCUAAGUGGGAAAGUCGCAGACUGGCAUACUUGCCUUAAGUUACCAGUUAACGCUAGCUAGCUAUCUUGGUUGGCAGAUUGCUGAACAAGAAAUUUUUAGGCGAACAAAUGUUCCAUUUAAUUUUGAAGUGAAAACACACAGUGAGAAGGUCAAAGUUUAAA